CCAUCUCAGUGCCACCAAACCCUGACGGAACCCUUUUCCCUCUUUGCUCUCCCUCUCUCCCAUUUCUCCUUUUCAUUUCAUUUCUCUCCAGAUUCCUUCCGAAGAAAAGGAAGUCCAAGAAAGCGAAGGAAAUUCCAAUACAAACUCUUGAAACCCUCCUCUCCUCAUUUUUCUCCUUUUUUUUUUUUUUUUUCCUUUUUCCGGUAAAAAGGAAUUCCAAGAAAGGGGAAGGAAUUGAAAAUGGACGAUCAGAAAGAGAAAGGGCUUGUUCUUGUAACAAGGAAGCCUUGUUUCGGUCUCCUAACUGCCUGCCCUUCUUGCCUACCCGUUUAUAUCUACCUCCGCCUCGCCAAUCUGCCGUUCGACGUCCAUUUCGACACCGCCAAUCCCGAUUCAGAUGACAUACCGUUGGUUGAGUAUGGUGAUUACGUGGCAUUCAAUAAUGAGAAGGGCGGGACCAUUGAAAGUCUAAAAGAAGAUGGUAUCGUUGAUCUAGACUCGAAACUUCCAAGUAACUCUAUCCCAGAGUGGUUGUCGACAAAGGCAAUGAUCAGCUCAUGGCUUGUGGAUGCUGCAUUCUAUGAACUCUGGGUGGGUUCUGAUGGAAGUGCUGCAGAUAAGAUAUAUUUCUCUGAUCUUCCAUGGCCAGUAGGCAAGGUUCUCCAUUGGAAGCAAACCCAAGCUGCAAAGCUACUACUUGGGAUAACAAAAGUCAAUGCUGUAGAAAGAGAAGCUGAGAUAUACAGGAAAGCAAACCUUGCAUAUGAGGCCCUAUCAGUGAAGUUAGGGGAUCAGACCUUUCUCUUUGAAAACAGGCCUACAAGUUUGGAUGCUAUUUUCCUUGGACAUGCCCUUUUUGUCCUUCAAACUUCAGCUGAUACAUCUGUAUUGCAUAGCCAGCUCAUGAAGCAUGACAAUCUUGUAAGAUAUGCUGAACAUCUAAAGACAAAAUUCUUGGAAGCUGGCUCAUCAUCAUCAUCAUCAUCGGUGCCACGGUCUCCUCGUGACCCUUCAUCAUCGUCGACACCAAGGAGAGGACCCUUCUCACAUUGGAGUUCUAAGCCCAAACCCAAACCUAAGAGGGAGAAGACAGAGGAAGAGAAAACCUUCAAAAGAAGGGCCAAGUACUUUCUAGCAACCCAGGCGAUCGCCAUUGUUAUCUUCCUCUCUCUCCUUGGUGGGUCUGAUGAUGCCGAAGUGGAGGUUGACGACGACGAUGAUGGAUUGAAUUAUGAUGACUAGAAUCUUUUAUAAUCUCCCAGUGAGUUUCUUCUAUAAUACUGGCAAUACAAAUUUUCAUUCAGAGGUCCCAAGUUGUAACUUCCGUUCCAAAUUCCAUUUCUGCUUAAUGUUUUUGGCAGAACAUUGUUAACGGGUCUCUUGGAUUGUGAGUUGAGCGUUUUGUAUGGCAUUUCUCUCAUCCAUUAAAAAAAAAAAAAAAUUUGAAAUCGUUAUUCA